AUGGCAGUUAACGAUUCCAGAUCCGAGUCUGAAGACCUCAGUCGGUACGAGGAUACCCUGACCUACAGCCACAUCAUGCUCCCUUUUGCCAUGCCCGAGGGGGUGUCACAAGACACUAUCGUCGCCGAUCUCGAGGCUGCAGUGCGCCAGGUCCGAUCCCAUGUGCCCGGGGUGGCCGGCAAAGUUGACAAUCGCUACGAGACCUCCGAAGAGGGCCCGUUCCGGAUAAUCCGCCUUCAGGCCAGCUCUGUUGAAGGGGGAGUCUUUCUCGACUUUGUUACUCAACAUAACCUGACCGGUGCGGGCGGUUUUUUCAACUUUGCCCGCCAUGGCUAUGCGGGGAGAAGAAUGGAACAGGUCAAUCGCGAUCGGCGCAACCUCAACCAAUACCCCAGUGGCAUUUUCUUGCGCUUUACCGCUACCAAACUGGCUGAUAUGAAAUAUCUCGCUAGUAUAUCUAUGACCUCAGUCCCAGAGGUGCCCUACAUUACGACCGAUGAUGCCCUCAAUGCUUUCUGUUGGAAGAAGUGCAUAACAGUACGGCAUCGGCGACGGAACACGCCAGAUGCGCGCUCGCGCCGGGCGAAUACCGCUUACCACGUGCAGAGCUAUGAGUCUGGCAAGUCUACUAUUGCAUAUGACGGACGCUUCAACCCAGACACGGACGUGGCAUCGUUGUCGGUGCUCCCGUGGAUCUGUUCCCAGUCUUUGGAAAGCUCAGGCGACCCGAUUGCAUUCGGCGACCGAAAUUUCCUGACAUCCCGUUUCUCAGUCUGCUUUACUUUUUUCCACAAGAGCUCUCAAGGAGACUGUGACUCGUUAACCUGUCUGACUGAUGCUGAUAUAGAGGCUUUGACUCAGGACCCGGAGUGGAUUUCCAUGGUGGAGUACAUUGGGUAG